AUGGCGCUCAAGGAACCGUUCCACAUUGUCGCGACGCUGAAUUCCCCACCGGGGAAGGCUCAGGAGCUCAUCGCCGCGAUCCUGCCCUUCGCCGAGCACGUCCAGGCCACGGAGCCAGGAUGUCUGCAGUACGAGUUGUUCCAGCCCACAGGAUCUGGGCUUGACACGGCGGACGCGCCGAUUGUGUUAAUUGAGUUGUGGAAGGACAUGGCGGCGCUGGAGGAGCACAGGAAGGGAGAACAGUAUCAUGCCUUACUGGCCCGCACGAAGGACGAGGGUCUGUUGAGUGGACCGCCGGAAGUCAAGAUCUUGCAGGCUGUAGGAGGGUUUCCGGCUCGGACGUGA